UUUUCACCGGUUCUGAGCUCCGGUUCGCACAGGUUCCGCUAACCGACCGGUCCGAGCCGCAGACCCGCUCAGGCACACGGACAGACCCGCAGCUUGUGUCCGCGUCGGUCUCAUUCAAAGCGACGCGGCUGGAUCCGAACCUCCGGCCUGGACCCGACGGACCGUCAUUAGCUCUGGUCGUGUCCCUCUCGGUGUGCAGCUGCCAUGAACGCCUCGGACAGUGAUGACGACAUCUACAACGAGAGGACGGCGUUGGUUCCGUCAGAGAACCCGGUGCUGCCAUCCUACCGGCCCGACUCUGACACCAGCCUCCCGGGCGACUCGCCAACCAAACGGCCGGUGGCGAGCAGGAGGGCGGGUCCGGCUGCCGUGGACGGCGCCGGCGGCGGCUCGGAUCAGGAGGUGGACGCCGACGACGAGGAGCUGACUCUGAAGUACGGCGCCAAACACGUCAUCAUGCUGUUCAUCCCCGUCACACUGUGCAUGGCCGUGGUGGUGGCCACCAUCAAGUCGGUCAGCUUCUACACGGAGAAGACGGACCAGCAGCUGAUCUACACGCCGUUCACCGAGAACACGGCGUCCGUCGGCCGCCGGCUGCUCAACUCCGUCCUCAACACCAUCAUCAUGAUCAGCGUCAUCGUGGUCAUGACCAUCUUCCUGGUCGUCCUCUACAAGUACCGCUGCUACAAGUUCAUCCACGGCUGGCUCAUCCUGUCCUCCCUCAUGCUGCUCUUCUGGUUCAGCUUCAUGUACCUGGGCGAGGUGUUCAAGACCUACAACCUGGCGGUGGACUACCCGACGGUGGGUGUGAUCAUCUGGAACUUCGGGGCGGUGGGGAUGAUCUGCAUCCACUGGAAGGGCCCCCUGCAGCUGCAGCAGGCCUACCUGAUCCUCAUCAGCGCCCUCAUGGCCCUCGUCUUCAUCAAGUACCUGCCCGAGUGGUCGGCCUGGGUCAUCCUGGGAGCCAUCUCCGUCUACGACCUGGUGGCCGUGCUGAGUCCUAAAGGUCCUCUCAGGAUGUUGGUGGAGACGGCUCAGGAGCGUAACGAGCCCAUCUUCCCAGCCCUCAUCUACUCCUCCGCCAUGAUGUGGACGGUGGGGAUGGCGAGCCCGGCGGACGCUCAGCGCUCAGAAACAGAUGAGGAGGCGGAGCAGAGCGGCGGGGGGGCGGAGCCUCCGAGCCGACAGUCCAGGUCGCUCCCGGAGGACGAGCUGGAGGAGGACCGCGGCGUGAAGCUGGGCCUCGGAGACUUCAUCUUCUACAGCGUCCUCGUCGGAAAGGCUGCAGCGACCGGCGGAGACUGGAACACCACGCUGGCCUGCUUCGUCGCCAUUCUGAUCGGUCUGUGCCUGACGCUGCUGCUGUUGGCCAUCUUUAAGAAAGCUCUGCCGGCGCUGCCCAUCUCCAUCACCUUCGGCCUCGUCUUCUACUUCUCCACCGACUUCCUGGUUCAGCCGUUCAUGGACAACCUGGCUGCUCACCAGUUCUACAUCUGAGACAAACCCCGCCCACCUCACCUGUUUGCUCACCUGUUGAAGCCCCGCCCACCUGAGCUUCCUCCUCCACCUGCCGCCUCCUGCUGAUGCCACA